AUGGGCUGGUUCCUGCGAAGUCGCCUCGUCACUCACCUGAGCGUCCUCGUCGGGUUUCUCUUCGCGACACUGUCGACUUUCUACUACGCGUGGAGCAUCUCGCGGUCAUGGCCCUCGCCCACCAACUUUACCAAGGUCAUCCGCGUCUUUGCGAUGAUCUUCCACGCCCUCUUCGCCGCACAAUCAGUCCUCACCUGGCACUCGCUCUUCGUCGCCUCGCGCUCAAUCUCCUCGGGCUUGUGGAUCACCUUCGGCAUCGCCUCGAUCGUGUUUGAUUCGUGGUGGUUCACGUUGAUGGCGUCGAGGCACGGCUUUGGUGGACUGUGCGGAGACGACGGCGGUUCUUGCUCGAGGAAAGGCAUCUCAAUCGCUUUCUGCGUUUUCCUCGGCUUCUACGCCCUCUUCCGCCUCAUCAUCAUGCUUUUCGUCUUCCACUUCAACGUCCACUACAACGAAACCGCCGGCCUUCCCGCCCCUGCGCCUGUCCAGCAACCGAUGAUGGCCGCCUAUCCGUACGCUCAGCCGGCGGUGGCCAAGUUGCAGUCGCUGGCGAAGCGGUGGAUGCCUGCUCGGUCUGGAGGCGGUGGAGGGUGGAGUGGGAGGUGGAGCGGGCGAAACGCGCGAGCAGGAGGAGCAGGAGGCACGGGAAACAUCCCGCUCAUUUCGGUCUCGCAUCACGACGACUCGCUCCCUGCGCACUCCGACACGCUACCAGCCGAACAAGGCGUUCUAUUCGAUGCCGACGAGGGCCAGGGACGGAGGCGCAGCUCGAGUUUGUCGGAGAGUUCGGGGGACGACGGGCUGGAGGAGUCGGAUGGCGAGGAGCAGCAGCGGUAUGAGGAGAGGAGGAAGGAGAGGAAGGGAAGGUAUCAGCAGGUGUGA